AUGCUGGACGAAUGGUCUUCGAAUAUCUUGCAACAUGACCCUAUGCGAAUGUACCGCGCGAAACGCGAUAGUACUCGUCGGACCGUGUCCUCAAAGUACCAUAUCCUGGGAUUCAUCUCUUCAGGAACGUAUGGCCGCGUCUACAAGGCUCAGAGCAACGACGACGAUGGUAAAAUCCACGCAAUCAAAAAAUUCAAGCCUGACAAAGAGGGGGACGUGAUAACCUACACCGGGAUCAGCCAAAGUGCUAUCAGAGAGAUUGCGCUCAAUCGCGAGAUUGAGCACGAAAACGUGGUCGCAUUGAAGGAAGUGAUUCUGGAGGACAAAGCUAUCUACAUGGUGUUUGACUACGCCGAACAUGAUUUCCUGCAAGUGAUCCAUCACCAUUCGCAGACCAUACGCACUCAGAUUCAUGUUGCGAUGCUAAAGUCGCUCACAUACCAGCUUCUGAACGGUCUCGUCUACCUUCAUUCUUGUCAUAUUCUUCAUCGCGAUCUAAAGCCAGCUAAUAUUCUCAUCACGUCGUCCGGAGUUGUCAAGAUCGGAGACUUGGGUCUCGCUCGUCUCAUUUACCAACCACUGCAGCCACUUUUCGCUGGAGACAAGGUUGUGGUGACUAUCUGGUACCGCGCGCCGGAACUCUUAAUGGGGGCUAAGCACUACAACAAAGCCAUUGAUUGUUGGGCUGUGGGUUGCGUUAUGGCCGAGCUUGCGCAGUGUCGACCUAUAUUCAAAGGCGAAGAAGCAAAGCUAGACUCGAAAAAGAAUGUCCCUUUCCAGAGAGAUCAGCUACUCAAAAUCCUUGAUAUCUUAGGCACGCCAAAAGAAAGUGAUUGGCCGGGUAUUGUCGACAUGCCUGAAUAUCAGAAUGUGAAGCGUUUGGAUCUCUUCAGUGGCCAACUUACACAGUGGUGUCGAGUGCGCCUCCCGGGUCAACAGCUUGGCUACGACCUUCUCAACAAACUGUUCCAAUAUGACCCAGACAAACGGCUAACAGCACGCGCCGCAUUGAACCAUCCGUGGUUCGAAGAAGACCCAAAACCCACAUGGAAUGCUUUUCAGUCUAUUCCUGCUCAUCAAAUUCCUCCACCGCGUCGAAUAACGCAGGACGACGCGCCUUCUAUGGUACCCAUGGCUUCACAACAACCGCAUCAGGGUCAUGCUCAAGUCAGCGCCUUUCAGUCGCAGUCUAAGCCAGGUAGCUCGGCAAGUUUUGCGAGCCUUAGCGGAGGCGGCGGUCCGUACGGAGGACAGGGGGGCAAUGGGAACGGUGCGGGCCGAAAGAAGGCUAGGAUGGGAUGA